AUGGCGAACGCCACGGAUCCGCUGGCGAAGACCGUGCGCGGGAUGGACCCGCAGAAUAUCAUGGAGCGCAUCACGCGCGAUAAGGUGUACGCGAUGACGUACUGGAAGGAGAAGUGUUUCGCGGUGAGCGCCGAGGCGCUCGUGGACUUGGCGGUGGAUUUACGCGCGGUGGGGGGAAUAUACGGCGGGAACAAUCGAGCGACGGAGUUUCUGUGUCUCACGCUGAAGCUGUUGCAGAUUCAGCCCGAAAAAGAGAUCAUAUUGGAGUUCAUAAAGAACGAAGACCACAAGUACGUGCGGUUGCUCGGGGCGUUUUAUCUGCGCUUGGUCGGAAAGCCGACGGAUGUAUACCAGUAUCUCGAGCCUUUAUUGAACGAUUACAGGAAGGUUCGGUAUCGCAGCCGAGAUGGCAAGUACGUGCUGACGCACGUGGACGAGUUUGUGAACAACUUGUUGACGAAAGAUAUGUUUUGCGACGUCGCGUUGCCGCGGGUGCCGCAUCGACAGGCGCUCGAAGCCGCGGGAUCGCUCGAACCGCGCGUGAGCGCGUUAGAAACCGACGUGAAAGAUUUAGAAGAGCAGUUGGAGAAUGCGGUGGAGGAGGCGAUCGGGCGCGAGAUGCGGAUGGACGUCGACGGGGACGACGACGAGUUGGACACGACGGCGACACGAGACGCCGCCGGUAAGCGCCCACGUGAGGAGGAUGAAGAGGGCGAGCUAGCGAACGCCUCCACGCCAGCGGCCAAAGUGAACCGGCGGCAACCAGUCGAUCUUCACGAUGAAGGAAACGCGCGCCAUCGUUCGAGGUCGCCGCAGCGUCGCGGCGGCGGUGGCGACUACGGCGAGCGUCGCGGCGGCGGCGUGAGAGGGUUGUCGCGAGAUCGCGGCGGAAAUCGCGGUGAUCGCGGCGAACAUGCGCGCCCAGGCGAUCAUCGCGCUGAUUACUUUCGCGAGUCUGAAAAAAAGGAAAAGAAAGAGAAGAAAGAGAAGAAGGAAAAGAAGGAAAAGAAGGAAAAGAAACCCGCCGCCGAGGUCGACCCAGAAAUCGCGGAGGCGAACGCCAUUCGCGCCAAGCUCGGGUUAAAGCCCGUGCGAGGUUGA